CCUCGCCAGGGCAGUGCUGGAGCUGGAGCUGCGGGCUGUGCGGCUGGCGGGGCUGCCGGGAGCUGGAGCGGGAGGCAAGUGCCCGCCACGCCGAGCUGCAGGCCUUGCAGAGCAAGCGGCAGCGCAUCUUGGACUUCCGCCACCUGGUGGUCCCAGCAGGUCCCGGCCCACGAGCUCUCCAUCCAUAGGCUGGGCCGGACGGCGCUCGCCCAGCACCGGGCCUUCCUCACUGUGUGCCAGGCUUCUGGCUUCCCUCUCUACAAGGCCCUGGAGCACCUCCUGCCCCACAUGGCUGAGCUGAAGAAGGAGCUGCUGGCCCUGCGUGCCCAGCUGGGCUACAAGAGCCAGGCGCUGGCCAGUCUGCAGCAGCGCCAGGGCUCCCCAGGGACCGACGCACAAGGUGAGAUCCCCUCCAUGGCUCCAGACGGACAGGGGGACGCCCCCCCCCCGCCUGAGGACCCUUCCCAGGGUCUGCAAGGGGCACGAGCCGGCCUGAGGGGCGGCAGGACCAUGGCAUCCACCCAGCAGCUCAGCACACCCCUCCCCCCGCCCCCCAAAGCCAUAACUCCUCCAGGCCUCACUGACGUCUCUUCCCCCAGCCCUGGUGCAGGCCCUGCGGGACCACGACCGGGAGCAGGCCAGAGCCCUGGGGCCGCGGAUCCAGCUGGUGAUGGAGCAGUGCAGGCAACGCAUCGAGCGUUAUUAUUCUCUAAUAAAAUUUAA